UCAAAGAUGGCCGCUGAGCCGGUGCCUCAUUUAGCCAUCCGUGGCUCAACUGGCUUGCUCUUCCACAGAGGCCCACCCAGCUAUGAGCUCAACACACAAUGUCCACGGGACAUGUCAAAGCAAUGCAAAUUUAUGGCAUUCAGUCCCAACGGGCAGUAUUUUGCUUGGACAAACUCAGCUGUUGUGACGAUCGUGGCUGUGAAAGACUGGAGUUUGGUUCAAAUAAUUGCCAGGCCGAGAGUUUUGUACCUCAAAUUCUCCCCCAAAGGCACAUACUUGAUGGUGUGGGAGGCUUUCAUGACAACUCCGGAUAACCCUCAAGGCUCCCCAAAUAUGAAUGUGUACCGGACACAGGACGGAGAACUGCUUAAAGGAUAUGUUUUCAAAAAGCACUCGGGAUGGGAGUUGCAAUGGAGUGAUGACGAGAAAUUGUGCGGUCGAAACUCUGGCUCAGACGUGUUCUUUUAUGAAGACGGAGACUUGGAAAAAGUUGCUGGCAAAGUUGGCAUACCGAAAGUGGCCUCUUUCAGUUUGAGUCCUGGACCAAAGCCAAUCCAUGUAGUUUGUUACAUCCCAGGCAAACAAGGCCAACCUGGAAAUGGCAAACUCUUCCAGUACCCCAAAUUCGAGCCUGGGCAAGCAGUUGCUAGCAAAAGCUUUUUCCAGGCUGAAAGGCUGGAAACCUAUUGGAAUGCUAAAGGCACAACUGUGCUGCUGAUGACAAAUGUAGACGUCGACUCUUCAGGGGCCUCUUACUACGGAAAGCAGAGUUUGCAUUUUGUAACCACUAAAGGCGAUUCAUCAAUGGUAGCUUUGGCCAAAGACGGUCCUGUUUACUCUGUAGAGUGGAGUCCAAACUCUAGUGAAUUCUGUGUCGUCUAUGGCUACAUGCCAGCAAAAGCAACAGUGUACAAUGCCAAGGCUGAGGCAAUAUUUGAUUUUGGAACUGGACCAAGGAACGUUGUUUAUUACAGUCCGUUGGGAGAUUUGAUGUUGCUGGCUGGUUUUGGCAAUUUGAGAGGUGCAAUAGAAGUUUGGGAUACAACUUCAAAUAGAAAACAGAUAUCAAGUUUCAAUGCUCCCGACUCUACCUGGCUUGGUUGGUGUCCUGACGGUCAGCAUUUUGCAACAGCCACCACCGCCCCGCGUCUUCGACAGGGCAACGGCUUCAAAGUUUGGCACUACUCAGGAGCUAUGUUGUUUGAGCGGCCGUGGAACAAGGAGGAGGAGUUGUGGGAAGUGCAGUGGCAAACUUACCCUCCUAACACUUUCCAGCCAAAACCCAUCAGCAAGGCCAAAAUCCAAGGAAUUCAGCCAAGUCAACCCCAAGCAUCUAAAGAAGUUUACCGGCCCCCGUCUGCGAGAGGCAAAGAGAGCAAUUUUAAACUUCAUGAAUUUGAAGCACCACAACACAUUAGACCGGGAAGAGGCCUUCCUCCAGGAAUCACUGUUGCUCCUGAGCCAAACAAGGCUCCUUCAAAGCAGAAAAAGAAAAGAGAUGCAAAGAAGGCCAACAAAGCGACAACGAUUGAAGAGUCAAGUGAAGAGCCAACACCAAAAUCAGCCGCAACUCCUGCCUCGUAUUUGCCAAAAGGCAUUACUGAAGACAACCUCCAAACAGAUGACCCUGAAAAGGCUAAGAAAAUCAAGAAUUUGAAAAAGAAAUUGCAAGACAUAGCAAAAUUAAAGGAUCUGGCAUCCUCGGGAAAACAGCUUGAGUUGAACCAGGCAGAGAAGAUUAAAAAGGAGGGUGAGUUGGUGGCUGAACUCAAAGCCCUUGUGCUCUGACAACUUUUUUGAAUAAAUUUGGCUUUUUGGGUUUUGUACACAACAA